AUGGUGUAUGGGGCCACAUCUGGAAUGACUGUGCCUGACACCAACAGAGCAGUCUCCCUCGGUGUCUCUCUGGCCACCACGGUCAGCGUCACGGACACAUCGCAGCAUAGCCCCAGUGCUCAACCCCAUGGCGGGGACCGUCCAGGAGUUGCGGGCGCCGAGGGCAGCACCAUCUGGAGGGGAGGGAGCGCGCGGCCUCUGGGGGGCAAGCGAGUGCGCUGGGCCGAGCCGGUCGAGGGCCCCCGGCGGGGCGAGCAGGAGGAGCGCGGCGGGCUGAGCCCCGCGCUGCCGGAGCAGCAGCCGCAGCGCGUCGGGGUUCUCAGCUGGGGCCCGCAGGAGGGCCGGGGGCCCCGCGGGCAGCACCAGGAGAAGGGCGGAGGCAGCCCCGCAGUGCAGGAGCGCGGCGAGGCCCGGGCCGGGGUGCAGGAGCGCGGAGAGGGGAGCCCGCGGAGGCUGCUGCAGCAGCCCGAGCCGGCGCCCGAGGCCGGGGAAGGCCCCCGCGAGCGCGGGGAGGGGCCGGAAAGUUCCGGCGAACUGGGGGAGCGGCAGUGGGAGAGCGUGGGGCGGGAGGCGGUGGUCCUGGGAGCGGCCCCGGAGCGCCGAAGCCGCCCGGAGCUGGUGGGGAGGGCCCGGCCGGUGGGGCCCCGGGGGCCUGCGGGGGAGGGGCGCCUGGGGGUGCAAGAGGCGAAUUGGCUGCCCGGAGUGCAGGAAGGACAGGUGGUGCGGGCUGUCCAGGAAACCUACCUGAACGGAAAGGAGCCCCAGGAGGGAGAGGGGCCCGGCGAGGGGCCCCGGACCCGGAGGCGCCGGCGGAGGAGGAGGUGGUGACUGGCAGGCCGCCCGGGCCCCACGGUGCCUCCGGAGCUGAAGGGAACGCAGGAUGUAGGGGCGUGGGGAGUCGGGCACAGAAGAGUGCGGGGAACCGGGGAGCUCUGCGAGCCACUGCCUGAGGUAGGCCCGGCCCGCGGGAACCUCUUCUGCUCGCUCAGCCUGGGCAUCGCUGAAGCUGUGUCUGCGGGGAGGCAGCGGAAGGCGGCAGCCUCCUCCCCAGACCAGUGUGAUGUCAGGCCCAGCUGACCUGAAGAUGCAGGGUUGCCUGGUGCAGCUCCCUCUGGGAUGAGGUUCCGAGGGCACCCAGCCUGACCUUGGGCCAGAAGCUUGGGCUCUGCGCACAGAGGGGGACGACAGAGUCUGAAGGGUCGGCAGAAGACAUCACUGGCAGCUCCUGGGGAGCCGGUGGCUGUGCAGUUCUGGGGGAAUGAGAUUCGUGGCUCUGUGCGCCUUCUGAAUAUUUUACCAUGUGCAG